AUGGCUGUUGAGGGAGCAAUUCCAAUAAUUGACUUUGCCGUAUGGUCGAAGGGCUCAACCGAUGAUAAGAAACGUAUCGCUGUUGAGUUGACGGACGCAUGUCGCAGAGUUGGCUUCGUGUAUAUCGUCAAUCAUGGAGUACCCAACGAUCUGCUCGAGGAAGCAUUUGGUUGGUCUAAGAAGCUCUUCGAUCUAUCUCAGGAGAAGAAGAUGCUGGCACCCCAUCCACCAGGUCCUAACGUCCAUCGUGGAUAUUCGUGGCCUGGUCUAGAGAAAGUAUCGCAGGACAUUAUCAAGGAUGGCGACGAAGCUAAAGAGGCCGAGAUGCGAAAAGUCUCGGAUGUAAAGGAGAGCUAUGAAAUCGGCAGUGAGGAGUCUGAAUUGCAGCCGAAUGUCUGGCUGCCUGAGGACGUCCUCCCUGGCUUCCGCGAAUUCAUGGUGCAGUUUUACUGGAGGUGCUUCGAAGCAGGAAAGGAGUUGCUGCGUGCUUUAGCCAUUGGAAUCGGGCUCGAAGACGAGGACUUCUUCCUUCGCUUUCAUAGCGGUGAGAAUAACCAACUACGGCUACUUCACUAUCCACCAGUUGAGGCAGAGAAGCUUUCCAGCAAUGCAGUUGCUCGUAUGCCUGCUCAUACGGACUGGGGCACAAUCACGAUGCUAUUCCAAGACGACUGCGGCGGUUUGCAGGUCGAACAUCCGAAUCAGCCGAACUACUUUGUCGACGCGACGCCGAUGAAGAAUGCAUUGGUUAUGAACGUGGGCGACUUGUUGAUGAGAUGGAGCAAUGAUUUCUUGAAAUCAACCCUCCAUCGCGUUACUCGUCCGCCAGCCCAAGACAAACCGCAAACGGAUGGGAAGCUUAUGACUAGACCGAGAUAUUCAAUUCCCUACUUCAUCUCACCAGAUCCGAAAGCUAUUAUCGAGUGUCUAUCAGCAUGCACAGAUGAGAAACGCCCUGUCAAGUACGAGCCGGUUGUGCAGGACGAAUAUCGACGAAUGAGGGCGAGAGGGCAGUAUGCGGAAAUACCGAUUACUCCAAUGACGGUCUCCUAG